AUAUAUACACCAAUCAAUUACUAUUCCAUGGCCUUCACAACAUCCAAGACAGUAGUGUUUGAUGAGUAUGGUGAUGCCAGCAAGUUAUAUGUAAAGGAGUUGCCAAUUAGGAUACCAUCUGUUGGUGAGGUCCGUGUUAAGAUUGCUGCUGUUGGUCUUAACCGUGCCGAGACAAUGUAUCGUAGUGGAAUAUUUUAUGACCUUCCAACAAGUUUCCCUGCUUCCAUUGGUUACGAAGGUGCUGGUGUGGUCGAUGCCCUGGGACCUGGAGUGACUAACUUCAAAGUUGGUGACAAAGUAGCCAUCCUCACUACCAAUCUCAUGUCCAAGUAUUCGACCAACAUGGAGUAUGCAAUCUUCCCCGAAGAAUCAUUGGUCCUAAUGAAUGAAGGUCAGACUUUUGUUGAAGCCGCCAGUCUUUGGACCGCCUACUUGACCGCUUACUUUGCCUUGGUCGAAGUCCACAAGGUCACAGCUGGCCAAGUCGUCGUUGUUAAUGCCGCCAGCAGUUCAACUGGAUUGGCUGCCAUCCAACUCGUGAUCUCCCUUGGUGCCACAGUCAUUGCCACCAGUCGCUCAAGUGCAAAGAGACAACAACUCUUGGACCUUGGAGCACAUCACUUCAUCGCCACCAAGGAAGAGAAUGUCGCCCAGAGGAUCAAUGAGAUCACCAACAAUUUUGGAGCAAAUGUCAUCUAUGAUCCAGUUGCUGGACCAAUGGUGGCGGAGCUUGUAACAGCCAUGGCCCCCAAGGGCACCUACAUCAUCUAUGGAGUGAUGUCUCCUGAUCCAACUCCAUUCCCAAUCAACAGUAUCAUUUUCAAGUUUAUCAACUUCAAGGCCUACGCUGUAUUGGAGUUCUCCUUUGAUCCUGUUGCAAUCCAGCGUGCCGUCACAUUCCUUCGCGAUCGCCUUCCAACCUUCCGAUCAAUCAUUGGCAAGGUGUUCCAAGGUAUCGAGUCAACGCCAUCGGCACACCAAUACCUUGAUGGUAGUGAUCUAUUUGGAAAGGUUGUCAUUGAG